GCGAGGUGCAUGAAUUCAUAUAUAACAUCGACAGGCCUUAACGGUUUUCCAUUUUGAUUUUAGAAAUAUCGACGAGGAACUGGAAGCGAAGCUAAGCUAACAAUGUUGAGCUCGAAGAUGAGGAUGAUGUUAUGUGUGGGAGCCAUGGCUCUGGUUUUUCUCUCAUCGGUUUCAGCAGACGACGUCGUCGUCGUGCUCACAGAGGAUUCAUUCGAAAAUGAGGUUGGCAAGGAUCGCGGCGCUCUCGUCGAGUUUUAUGCUCCCUGGUGUGGACACUGUAAAAGGCUUGCCCCAGAGUUUGAAACACUUGGAACAAGUUUUAGAAAAACCAAGUCCAUUUUGAUUGGGAAGGUGGAUUGUGAUGCUCAUAAAAGCCUUUGCAGUAAAUAUGGGGUUUCUGGUUACCCUACAAUUCUGUGGUUUCCUAAGGGAUCUCUAGAACCAAAGAAGUAUGAAGGUGCACGUACUGCAGAAGCCCUUGUUGCGUUUGUGAACAUUGAAGGAGGUACCAAUGUGAAGUUAGCUUCUAUCCCAUCCAGUGUGGUAGUUCUCUCCUCAGAUAACUUUGAUGAGGUUGUCUUGGAUGAAACAAAAGAUGUUCUGGUGGAGUUCUAUGCACCAUGGUGUGGUCACUGCAAGGCCCUUGCCCCUACUUAUGAAAAGGUUGCUGCAGCAUUUAAACUGGAGGAAAAAGUAGUUAUAGCCAAUGUUGAUGCUGACAAGAACAAGGAUUUGGCAGAGAAAUAUGGUAUUAGUGGUUAUCCCACAUUGAAGUUUUUCCCAAAGAGCAAUAAAGCUGGUGAAGAUUAUGAUGGUGGUCGUGAUUUGAAUGAUUUUGUAGCUUUCAUUAAUGAGAGAUGUGGCACCAACCGUGACGGGCAGGGACAACUUACUUCUAAAGCUGGUAUAAUAGAAUCUCUGGAUGACUUGGUGAAGGAGUUUGUGAGUGCUGACAAUAAUGAAAAGAAGGCAGUCUUUUCCCGGCUUGAGGAUGAAGUUAAAAAGCUUAAGGGCUCUGAUGCCAGAUAUGGUAACCUCUACUUAAAACUUGCUAAGAACAGUAUGGAAAAGGGUUCAGACUAUGCAAAGAAUGAGAUUCAACGUCUUGAGCGCAUGCUUGAGAAGUCAAUCAGCGCAGCAAAGGCAGACGAAUUCACUCUCAAGAAGAACAUCUUAUCUACCUUUGCUUGAUCUUAUGGUGUUAGAAGAGUCAUUGCUUUCAAUUCUGCGGGGAGAUAUAAUUUGUAAUUCCUGAGAUAUGUCUUUUACGCACAUUUUUUGCACUUGUCAUGUAUUAGGUCCUAAAAAUUAAAGCAAAAGAUAGACGUUCAUCUGAGAAAUCAUAUACAAACCAAUUAGGAUGACAUCAGGUUCAGGUUUAAUAUGGAGAUCAUUGUAGUUUUUUUUUUUUUUUUUCCUUUUACUGUUACUUUUUCAUUGAGCUGUUUUGGUUGCAACUUGCAAGCAAUGCAGUGUUAAAAGUUUAGCUGGUUUU